CAAACCACAUAAGCUGCAAAAAGAGAAGAAACCACCAUUUCCACUAGAAAACAAAGGCAGAGAAGAGGAAAAAAGCAAGCUACACUGAUCUUGAACUUCCAAUGCAGGAAAUUCUCGACUUUAAGUAGCUUGUAACUCAAGAUCUCCGACUCCGGUAAAGAGAGAAAAAGCUCCAGUUUCCAGAAUUCCAGCCGCAAAUCGUGCAUCUCCUUCUUCCAGAAUUCAAGGUGGAGGUAGAGGCUUCUCUGCUUCUUUCUCUCAUUCUCCCGCUUCCCUCCGAUUUUGAUUACACCAGUUCAUAGCUCAUUCAUAGAGAAAACGAUAAGAUACCCAUCUUUGCAUCUCCAAAAGGUAGGCCAUCUAAAAGAAACAAAGACCGAGUACAGAGCCCUCUGUGAGAAAACCCAAGAAAAGUCAAACCCAUCAAACUUUCCACACCCUUGUCGAACACAGCUCCGCACCUACCAAAAAUCCCUAUAUCAGAAAACUGGCCAUGUUUUGAACCAAUGCUCCUGCAUAUAGGGUUUUUAUCAGAAAUCCCUUUUGCCUCCCCUGCUUCACUCUCUUCUUUUUUGCAGGUUUUGGUUCCUUCCUCCUGUAACAACAGCUUCAGAUACCAACACUUUUGGGUUACUUCUUUGUUGUUUGCUUCUCUCACCUGGGAGCCUUCAAAACAAGCAAAAGUGGAGGCCACCAAGCCACCAUUUCUGGUCUUUCUCAAUUCAGGAGAGAUUUCAGUAAUAGGGAUCACCAGACGACAAGAGGAAAAGGACGAGAAAACCGUACAGGGCAAGGAUGGAAUCAACACAGAGGGGAAGAAUGGGAUCAGCACAGAUUAUUGCUUCAAAUGUGAUGGUUCCUGAAGUUCUUACAGAAGAUAAUUAUGAAUUCUGGAAGAUGUAUAUGAAAAGCUAUCUGUUAGGUGAAGAACUCUGGCGCAUAGUGGAGGGAACUUGUCACACUCCUGAACCCAGUGAUAUUGGAUUCAAUUCUUGGAAACAGGGAAAUGGAAAAGCUCUACAUGCAAUUCAAAUUUCAUGUGGACAGGAAAUGGUAACCCUUAUCAAGGACAUUGAUUCAGCCAAAGCAGCUUGGGAUCAUUUGGCCUUUAAGCAUCAGGAAAAAAUUGACCAAAAGAAUUUGCCUGCACAAGCAGGGACGUACUCAACAGUCGGAGAUCAUGAAGAUGGAGCAAGGUACCUCCCACUAUAUCAAAUUGUGUUUAGUGGUGACUGGCAAAGAACCAAAAAUUUCUUGGAAGAAAAUCCUGAAGCGAUGACUGCAAGGAUUUCAGUACAUGGGAUGACAGCUCUUCAACUUGCAGCUAUAGCUGGACAUUUAGAGAUUGUAGAAGAAAUGGUGAAAUUGAUGGACCCAGAAGCCUUAGAAAUAAAGUCCAACUAUGGUGGAGCCACAGUCCUUAUCUACGCUGCCAUCGGUGGAAUUACUAAGAUUGCAGAGGUACUGGUGAGAAAGAAUGGAGAUUUGGUACAUAUACCGAAUUUAUAUGGUUUAAUCCCAGUUUCUAUAGCUGGUAUCAAUGGCAACAAGGAUAUGGUACGCUAUCUUUAUUCACUCACUUCCAAGGAUGCACUAGUUUCUGGAGAAUGCAAGAAUGGUGCUACACUUCUUACUACUGCUAUUGAUUUUGAUAUGUACGAUAUUGCUCUGGAUCUUCUUAGGUGCUACCCAAUAUUAGCAGUUAGUUCAAGUAGUGGUGGUAUGACGGCCAUCGAAUCGUUGGCACAAAAGCCCUAUGCAUUUCGAAGUGGACGACCACACAACAUAUGGCAACGAUGGAUUUACUCAUAUGCCCCAAUCUACAAAGGAAGAGACACAGACUAUCUUGAUGAGAGUUCUAAAGAUCAAAAUCACAUUACCAAAGUUAGUUGCUGGUUGUAUGGAGUAUUUUGGUGUGCCCUUAAUGUAUUGGUCCCAGGAGUCAGAAGCAUACACAGAACGAAACGAAUGCAUAUCCAAGCCCUUAAAUUACUCAAAUGUGUUUGUUCUCAAAUUUCAAUUCUAGAUGAAGCUAAAGUUAAAGCAGUGGGAGUGUAUUCAGCCAUCUUCCAAGCUACAAAGUCUGGGAUUGUUGAGAUAAUUGUUGAGCUCAUUAAAAAGAAUCCUAAUUUUGUUUGGUGUGAGCCUGCAGACGGGCGGAGAAUAUUUCAGAUUGCAGUUCUGUAUCGACAAGAAAAGAUCUUCAAUCUUAUAUAUGGUAUUGGUGCACUGAAAAAUGAUCUUGCAGGGGGUGUUGAUAAUGAUGGUAACAACAUUUUACACUUUGCUGGAAUGGUAUCACCUCAAUCUCAACUAUAUAGGGUCUCGGGUGCUGCUUUGCAAAUGCAACGGGAGUUGCAAUGGUUUCAGGAGGUGGAUAUGAUAACACGACCACCAUAUAGAGAUCAGCAAAAUUCGAGUGGCUUGAAACCUCGAGAGCUGUUUAAAAGGGAGCACAAAGAAUUACUCAAAGAAGGGGAAACAUGGAUGAAGGAUACUGCAAAUUCAUGCAUGGUAGUGGCAGCACUAAUUGCAACUUUUACAUUUGCAGCAGUCUUUACUAUUCCAGGAGGAAGUUAUCAAGAUGGCUUUCCCAUCUUCUUGAGAAAGAAAUUAUUCUUGAUUUUUAUAAUCUCUGAUGCUUCAUCACUCUUCUCUUCUGCAACUUCAGUGUUGAUGUUCUUGUCCAUCCUCACGUCCCGUUAUGCCGAAGAAGAUUUUCUUAAAUCGUUACCAAAGAGAUUGAUAAUUGGUCUAUCCACGCUAUUCAUCUCCAUGGCAACUAUGAUGGUGGCCUUUUGUGCAACCCUUUUUCUUAUCCUUGGUAGACAAUAUAGGUUGGUUGCCAUUCUCAUCACUUUCCUUGCUGGUGUUCCAGUUACAUUGUUUGUUUUGUUACAAUUCCCACUCUUUUUGGCCAUGGUGCAUUCCACAUAUGGUCAUGGAAUUUUCAAUAGGCAAGCAAAACUUUGGCUGUAUUAGUUUGAAAUUGUAAAAGUUAAGAUUUCUUGAAGGACCAUUGCCUCAA